UCCCUUCUCCAUCUCUCGAAUCCCCACACAGUAAACACACGCUCCUCUUCUCUUAUAUGUCUCAGAGACCCACCGUCCCUCACUCCUCCUCCGUCGCCUUCGGCCUCCAUUCCCACCUCCUCGUCUCCACCGAGCUGAACCCUAAUUCCUACUGGUCUUAACCCGAACACCCUCCAUCGAAAAAGCCCUAUUCUUUCAUUCCUUUUGCUCCCCAAGGUUGAGCCUUUUUGUUGCUGCUCGUCGGUGCCAUCAUGGGUGUCAAGGGAUUUGUCGAAGGUGGUAUUGCUUCCAUCGUCGCCGGUUGCUCCACCCACCCGCUCGACCUCAUCAAGGUCCGGAUGCAGCUCCAGGGCGAGUCCCUCCCCGCGGCGCCCACCCAGGCCGCCCACAGCCUGCGCCCCGCCCUCGCCUUCCAUUCCCCGGCGAUCUCCGCCGCCCGCGUCCACGUCCCCCCGCCGCCGCCGCCGCGCGUGGGACUCGUGUCCGUCGGCGUCCGCAUCGUCCGGGCCGAGGGCGUGGCCGCGCUGUUCUCCGGCGUGUCCGCCACCGUGCUCCGGCAGACCCUCUACUCCACCACCCGGAUGGGGCUGUACGACAUCCUCAAGCAGAAGUGGUCCGACCCGGGGACCAACACCCUGCCCCUGACGCGCAAGAUCACCGCCGGCCUCGUGGCCGGGGCCAUCGGCGCGAUGGUCGGGAACCCGGCCGACGUGGCCAUGGUCCGGAUGCAGGCGGACGGGCGGCUCCCGGUGCACCAGCGCCGGAACUACCGGAGCGUGGUGGACGCCCUCGCGAGCAUGUCCAAGCAGGAGGGGGUAGCGAGCCUGUGGCGCGGGUCCAGCCUCACGGUGAACCGCGCCAUGGUGGUGACCGCGUCCCAGCUCGCGACCUACGACCAGGUCAAGGAGGCCAUCCUGGACAGCGGGGCGAUGCGGGACGGGCUCGGGACCCACGUGACGGCCAGCUUCGCCGCCGGGUUCGUGGCCGCGGUGGCGUCGAACCCGAUCGACGUGAUCAAGACCCGGGUGAUGAACAUGAAGGUGGAGCCGGGGCAGGCGCCGCCGUACGCCGGGGCGCUGGACUGCGCCAUGAAGACGAUCAGGGCGGAGGGGCCGAUGGCCCUGUACAAGGGGUUCAUACCCACCAUCUCGAGGCAGGGCCCGUUCACCGUGGUGCUGUUCGUGACCCUCGAGCAAGUCCGGAAAAUUCUCAAGGACUUCUGAUUCGCGAGGACUGACCUGACGACGACGAUGAUGACGACAAAGAUUUUAUAGGACUAUUGAUUUUGCUACCGUGUUUCUUGCUGUUGUUCUUUGUUCAUUAAUCUGAAGAUGAAAUCAAAUUGGUGUUUCGACUCUA